AUGAAAUUGGAUGACGAAAUCGACAAUUUCCUUCGAAGUCCCAAUGAGCGAAAACCUAAUCAGUUUGUUGAGAAACUUAAAAAAUCUGAGACCACUGAUGAGGUGCAUAUUGAAACGAUCCACCAUGAUUCCAGCGAUGAUACAACUUAUGAUCCUGACGGUGAAGAUGUGGGUGAAGACGUGAAUGAAGAAGUGGAUGAAGAAAUGAGCGAAAUGAGCAUGUCAGAAUUCAAAAAGUCGUUUCUAGAAAUGCGUAACAACAGAAAAUGGUAUCUGAAGUCAGGAAAAUGUGUUGAAGACGAAUUAUACGCCUUUGGAAUAAAAUGCCGAUUUGAACAUUUAGCACAUUCGUUUAUUAUUGACCCUUAUGAUGAAAAAUACAUCCAAUAUGAAAUAUUUACCCCCGAAGAACUCGAAGAAAUUCUCUAA